AUGGCAGAUGAUGAACAGGACCUAAAAGAGUACCGCUGGGAGACAGGUUAUGAGAAGACUUGGGAGGCUAUCAAGGAAGAUGAAGAUGGAUUGGUGGAGGGUCUUGUUGCUGAAUUUGCACAGAAAGCGGCGCGGAAAUCGGCAGUGCCUAGAAAAGGCCCUGUACGAUUGGGAAUGAUGAGGCAUUUGCUUGUGGCCAUUGACUGCUCUGAGGCUAUGAAUUGUCCCGACAUCAAACCCAUUCGCUUUUUAUGUACAUUGAAGCUUUUAGAGAAGUUUGUAGAAGAAUUCUUUGACCAAAACCCACUGAGCCAACUUGGUAUAAUAGCAAUGAAAAAUAAAAGGGCUGAGAGGUUAACUGAACUAUCUGGUAAUGUUAGGAAGCAUAUAAAAGCUAUUCAGAGCCUGUCCAAUUUGGCACUAGUAGGGGAGCCAUCCUUGCAAAACACUCUUGAAUUAGCUGGAAGGAUACUUCGACCACUUCCCGGCCAUGCAUCCCGGGAGCUACUUGUUCUCUUUGCAUCUCUAACUACUUGUGAUCCGGGCGACAUUAUUCCGACCAUCCAGACGCUGAAGGCCGACGGCAUACGGUGCUCCGUGAUCGGGCUGGCGGCCGAGGUGCGCAUCUGCAAGAAGCUGUGCCAGGACACGGGAGGCGAGUACGGCGUGGUGCUCGACGACGUGCACUACCGCUCGCUGCUGCUCGAGCACACCUCGCCGCCGGCCCGCGCGAGGGCGCUCGACGCGGGCCUCGUCAAGAUGGGCUUCCCCCACACCGCCCCGCCCAGCGCGCAGACGGACCCCACCGGCAACGCCGACCCGCCGAUCACCGUCUGCAUGUGUCAUUUGGAAGAGGGCGAGGGCGUGGGAGGGGAAGGGCACCUUUGCCCGCAAUGUCGUAGCAAGUAUUGUUCGCUGCCGGCUCAGUGCCGUACUUGCGGCCUCACCUUGGCCUCAGCGCCACAUCUGGCGAGAUCAUAUCACCACUUGUUUCCCGUGGAUCCUUAUGAAGAGUUACCCUAUGAAGGCCAGGCCCAAUGUUGUUUUGCAUGCAUAAGAAAUUUCACGGAGCUUGAUAAACAGGUGUUCCGUUGCGGCCGCUGCCGGGAGUUCUACUGCUGGGAGUGCGAGGGAGUGAUCACCUGCACGCUUCACGUGUGUCCUGGCUGCGCCGCCCGGCCCCAUCUCUACCAGCGGCUGCCUGAAGCUAGA